AUGGCGAAAUAUGGCCAUACCACCACUCUAACUGUCGCCUACCUAGGCCCCGAAGCUUCGUUUUCCCACCAAGCAGCCAUUGAAGUCUUUCAAAAUUCCUCGUCUGGGCAUGUCGUCUCUUUACACCCUCUCCCCUCCUUCUCGACUAUAUUCUCGGCUCUUCAGUCAACCCCGUCAUCUGAACAGGCCAUAUAUUAUGACUUCGCCGUUGUUCCGAUCGAAAACAGCACCAACGGGUCCGUUGUCCAAGUCCUCGACUUGCUGGCUCGGUGCGGCCACUCCCCAACGCUCUACCCUGACUUGGAAGUCUGCGCGGAAUACUAUCUUCCUGUACAUCACUGCUUGUUCGUCUCGCCUCCUUCAGGACCGGUCUCGGCUUCUUCACGGGUCCCAGAACAGUUAGCCGAGGACAAUGAUAGGUUGAUGAGCGCAAUCCGGACGCUCUACACUCAUCCACAAGUCUGGGGCCAGUGUCACCGUUAUUUAUCUAAACAUUUCCCUCCGAAUAUCGUAGAGCGGAUUGACGUGGGAAGUACCUCUGCCGCUGCUCAGCUGGUGGCCCGCGAAUCUCACUCACAGACCCAGACUAGCAAGCCUAAGGCCACCGACGGAAUUAGUGCUUCGAUCAGCCCGAAACUCGCCGGCCAAAAACAUCAUCUACUGUGCUUAGCGGAGAAUAUCGAGGACGAGCCCGGGUCGAACACGACGAGAUUCCUUAUCGUGCGGAACCGAAAGCAUCAAAUACAGUCUGAAAGUUUUCACACGUCUUUUUUUCAGCACAGGAACCCUGUUAACGAUUUAAGAUACAAGUCCCUCAUAUCGUUCACUAUACCCCACUCCCAACCAGGCAGUCUGGCCGACGCACUGGCGGUCUUUAAACGUUACGGUUUUAACCUGACGAGCAUUGACACCCGGCCCAGCAGGACGCGGAACUGGCAGUAUGUGUUCUUUGUGGAGUGUGAGGAGGCUUGGGACGAGUCACAGGAUGGACAGGAAAACAACAGAGGGGAAGCUAAUCUCCUGAAGAUGCUUGGGGAACUGCGCAAGUUUACUGAGACUUUGAGAUAUCUGGGGAGGUUCGUGGACCAAUUGCCUAGAGGCCAGCAAGAAGACGAAGCAAAAAGGUAG